AUGGCCCUGCUCUCCACACUGAGCCAAUCCGAACGACAGUCGGUAUUGAAGCCCCUGUUGUCCUCCGGCUGGGCUAUGACGCAAGGCAGGGACGCUAUCCAGAAAAACUACCAGUUUGCUGACUUUAACGAAGCGUUUGGAUUCAUGACACGCGUUGCCCUCAAGGCAGACAAGAUGGACCAUCAUCCUGAGUGGUUUAAUGCAAGUUGUAUAUCUGUGUACAACCGUGUUGAAAUUACCUUAUCGACGCAUGAUUGCCAGGGCCUGUCGAAUCGUGAUAUCGAACUUGCCAAAUUUUGCGACACACUCCAUCAAGAAUGA